UGCCCAUAGUGAUCAUCACUUUCUUUGUCGGUAUUCUUCGCCAUUACGUAUCGAUUCUGAUCUCUUCGACCAAAAAGAUUGAAUUACAACAAGUGAUGGACAGUCAGGCGAUGAUUAGGUCGAGACUUCUGCGAGAGAACGGCAAAUAUCUGCCCAAACAGUCAUUUCUGGUUCGUCGGCAUUACUUCAACGACGAGGAGAACGGAUACUUCAAAGUGAGUCAAAAGCGUCAGACCUCUGCCCCCAACCCGAUGACCGACCCCUCGAUGAUGACCGACAUGUUGAAGGGAAACGUGACAAACGUGUUGCCGAUGAUUCUGAUCGGCGGUUGGAUCAACUGGACCUUCUCGGGCUUCGUCACCACGAGAGUGCCGUUCCCUCUGACCCUAAGGUUCAAACCGAUGCUUCAGAGGGGCAUUGAGUUGAUGUCUUUGGACGCGUCGUGGGUGUCGUCCGCCUCGUGGUAUUUCCUCAAUGUGUUUGGACUCAGGAGUAUCUAUGCGCUGGUGUUGGGCGAGAACAACGCCGCCGACCAGACGCGCCUCAUGCAGGACCAGAUGUCCGGCUCGGCUAUGGCUAUGCCUACGGAUCCCAAGGCGGCCUUCAAAGCCGAGUGGGAGGCCCUCGAGAUAUGCGACCACAACUGGGCCCUCAAGAAUGUCGAGAACGAAUUGACCGGUGUUUCCCUCACCUCUACAUCUGAAACGAGCACUUCGGGUGAACCACGCAAUGGGAACUGAUUUUCAGUGAUCUUGUAUUUUCUAUUAGAUUUAGUGUUAUUUUAUUAAUGAUUUAUAAUUUAUUGUAUUGUUUACUCAAUUUGUUAAGAC